AGAGAGAAAAUACCAAUUCAUAGAAAAAUAACUUAUAAACUUGAACAUCUAUUAUACGUAUUAAAUAUCAAAACGAAGUUUGAUGUUCUUAUUGUCAAAACAAUUACUGAAAUCAAUUUUAAAUCAAGUGAAUUUUAUGAAUUGUGUCUACUCCCGAGAGGCGUCCACUUUUGAUUGAUGAGCACUUUUUCAAUUAUUUCAAUAACGGUUUUAAUUACACACUUUUACAGUUUUGAAAAAAUACAAAUAUCACGCGCAUUUUGAAAGAGAGAAAUAUGAAAAUUCCAACUGUUUCUCGCUGUUGUUGUUGCAUAGAUUUACAACUCGGUGGACUGAUAUUAGGAUGGUUGGGAAUUAUCUCUUCUAGCUGGGCCAUACUCGAUAUUCUAGCCAUUGGAAAAACUAGAGAAGCCCUUACAAGACUAGAACAAAAUAUUCCCGUUGGAAUUGUAAUUGUUGGUUAUUUGGUAUCUUUGAUUAUGAACAUUUCGUGGACUUAUGGAAUCAGUCAGGUCAAACCAAACUUUUUGCUUGCCAUCAUUAUUUUAAAUGGGAUUCCACUCGUUAUUUCGUACAUUAGUUUUUUUGUAUCUCUACCAUUCCUCAUUUAUAAGUUCAUAUCCGAGGGGCGACCCCAGUUCGAAGAUCCUCAUUUUGCCAAAAUGAUGUAUUUUAUUUUUGUACUAUCUUUUGUUCUUCUAGCAUUAUGGACAUACUGUUGGAUUGUACUGUAUUCAAUCUACCGAAAAGUCAAAAUCGAUGCCCAACAAUUGAGAAAAAUUGUGGCCACAACGGCAGUUGGAGUUAAAAUGGAUGUUUCAAAUAUUACACCAUAACAUUCGUUUUUCAUUUCAUCUUUCUUGACACAUAAAAAAUAUGAUAUAAAUUGCUUGAACAAAUUGUACUCACCAUUGUAACAAUGUUUCUGUCUAACAUUGUUUAACUGCAUGCGCACACGUGCAUCAGCAACUCACAAACAUAAAUGCACAUGCCUUCUUACUUACUUAUGGUCUCUAUGCUACCCGAC